AUGGGACAAAAUGGACAUCAUCACACCAAAGACAGGCAACGAAAGGCUGAGUAUGCACCUCCAAAGCCGAGUGUCAAUCUGGACACUGAGCGCAAAAGAUUGAAAAAUGCAGCUUGUCAAAAUCAAGAUUUGAUCAAGAUACUGAACAAUCCUAGUAAACCACACAGAAAGUUUUGCCUUGUUAGAGUGGAAGAUAACCUCAACAAUGUUCAAAACCGCAAUGGUCCUUUAAAAAAGCCAUUCAAACUGGAAGGUGCACCAGUUUCCAUGUCUCAACAAAAACUAUUCAAGCUUAAAUUUAUUUCAACCUAUUUACGUAAUGAGCGCAAGUAUGGCAAUCCUGUCAAAUCUAAUUGUGCAAUGUUGAAGGGCUUCAUGGGAGCUGUUGGUCAUUGCAAAGCUUACAAUACAAGGAAAAUUGGUGAACAUGAACAGCAAAAGAAAUCCAUUGUACUAGGGAAUGCUUCAAACCCUCUGGAGAAUCUACUUGACUCAGUACUUCAGUACAAAUUAAUAUCAAGUAUGAGAGGAUGGCUUGUACUCUGGGCAGCUGUAUACAAAGCUACAAAAAUCAAGCACCACUUCCAUUGGAAUUGA